AUGGGUGCCUUUAUCAGCUGGAUUAACGAUGCUCUCAACAAGGACAAAAACCAGGGCUCAGCCCGGGAAUCCUCGUCUUCUUCGCUCUCGGGCAUGAUUUCGACGCUAGUACCCGUCCUGGCGCUCUCCGCAGUCUACUUCGUCAUCUGGCUCGUUGCCAGACGUUCGCAGACGCGAUUCUAUGAACCGAGAGCUUAUCUCGGGUCACUUCGGUCGUAUCAACGGUCCCCUGCUCUCCCCAAGGGCUGGUUCAAUUGGAUCGGUCCGUUCUGGAAACUCCCUGACGAGACAGCUCUCCGCCACCAGAGCCUUGACGCCUAUCUUUUCAUCCGCUACCUCAAGGUCUGCACCAUCAUGGCGUUUGUCAGCCUGUGCAUCACUUGGCCCAUUCUAUUCCCUGUUAAUGCGACCGGCGGUGGCGGCCUGAAGGAACUCGACAUUCUCUCCUUCGGCAAUGUCGACCCCGACACCCACAAGAACUACUACUACGCUCACUGCUUUGUUGGCUGGGCCGUCUACGGCUUCAUCAUGUACAUGAUUACGCGCGAGCUCAUCUUCUACAUUAACAUUCGUAACGCCUUCUUCAACCACCCCAACUAUGCCCGCCGCAUCUCGGCUCGCACUGUCCUCUUCACCAAUGUUCCCCAGGACUACCUUGACGAGACCCGUCUCCAGGCCAUGUACCCUGGUGCUAUUCGCAACCUCUGGAUCGCUGGUGAUGUCAAGGAGCUCGAGGAGGAGGUCAAGAAGCGCGACGAAACCGCUCUCAAGCUUGAAAAGGGGGAGGUCAGCCUCAUCAAGGCUGUCAACAAGGCCCGCGCCAAGGAAUUGAAGAAGAAGGGUGGCAAUUCCGAGGAGCAGACUGCCGUCACUCGCGAUGCCGAGACUGGCAACAUUGCCUCGCGCUGGGUUCCCGACAAGAAGCGUCCCUCGCACCGUCUCGGUUUCCUCGGUCUCUUGGGCAAGAAGGUUGACACUAUUGAGUGGGGUCGUUCCGAGCUCAAGGAGAGCAUCCCGAAGGUUCAAGCCGCUCAAGACCAAUACCUCGCUGGCAACUACACCAGGGUCCCCGCCGUCUUCAUCGAGUUCAACACCCAGCGCGAAGCCCAGGAUGCCUACCAGAGUGUCAGUCAUCACACUGCUCUCCACAUGGACCCCAAGGCUAUCGGAGUUCAGCCCCAGGAUGUCAUUUGGAAGAACCUUCGUCUUCCCUGGUGGCAGCUCGUCAUUCGUCGCUAUGCCGUCUACGCUGCCGUCGCUGCACUGGUCAUCUUCUGGGCUAUCCCUGUUGCUAUCAUUGGUGUCAUUUCUUCUGUCGACACCAUCAAAGCUCUCCCUGGGCUGGGCUGGAUCAAUUCCAUUCCCAAGGUCAUUCUUGGUGUUGUCUCUAACUUGCUGCCCUCUGUUGCUCUUGCCAUCCUUAUGUCCCUCGUACCCGUCUUCAUGCGCGGUUUCUCUCACCUGGCUGGCGCCAAAACCAACACGGAGGCCGAACUCUUCACUCAGAACGCGUACUUUGUGUUCCAGGUCAUCCAGGUCUUCCUUGUCCGCACCAUGACCAACGCUUUUGCCGAUUCCAUCGUCGACAUCGCCCAGAAUACUAGCAAUGUCCUCCCUAUCCUCGCUCAAAACAUCCCCAAGGCCGCCAACUUCUACAUCUCGUACUUUAUUGUUCAGGGGCUGACUAUCGCCAUUGGUACUCUCACGCAAGUUGUCGGACUUUUCGUCUUCAGACUGCUUUACAACUACCUCUCCGGUACCCCUCGCGCCCUCUUCCAGAAGUGGACCACUCUCGCCGGUGUGCUCUGGGGCAGCAUCCUUCCCGUUUACACCAACAUCGUCGUCAUCGGUAUCACAUACUCGGUUAUCGCCCCCCUCAUGCUGUUCUGGUCCACUAUCGGUCUCUUCCUCUUCUACCUCGCCUACCGUUACAACCUGAUCUUUGUCAGCCAGACUACUGUCGACACCAAGGGUCUAAUUUACCCCCGUGCCCUCAAACAGCUCUUUGUCGGUGUCUACCUUGGUGAAGUCUGCAUUUUUGCCCUUUUCGUCAUCGCCAAGACCCCUGGGCCGGCCGUCUUGAUGGCCGUUUUCGUCAUCUUCACUAUCCUGUACAACAUCACUCUUCUCAAGACCUUCGCCCCUCUUCUGCGUGGUAUCCCCACCAGCUUGGAGGCCGAGUCCCAGCUGGCCACCGGUCAUCUUGGUACUGCUGGUCUGGACCCUGCUGUCGACUACAAGAAGGCUGAGGCUGCCGAGAAGGGAACCAACGGUGCCACUGCUAGCAACGGCGCCAAUGGUGCUCACUCCAACGGUGCACACGCCAACGGCAGCUCCGCUGCUGCUCCUGCCGCUGCCAAGCCCAAGGGGAACAUCUUGUCGCGGUUCCUCCAGCCAUGGAUCUACUCCGACUACCAUGUUCUUCAGAAGCUCAUCCCUGCUGACGACUACGACGUGAACAACGAGAUCUCCGCCGAGGCCGCCGACCAGGCUUACCUGCCCCCUGCUGCUUACCAGCAAGUCCCCAACCUGUGGAUUCCCGAGGACGUCGCUGGUGUCUCCAAGCAGGAGAUUGCCGAGACUUCCAAGGUUAUCCCCAUCUCCGAUGCCGGGUGCACUAUCGACGACAAGAACAAGAUUCACUGGGACGAGGAUAACGCUCGUCCUCCCAUUUACACGGAAAAGCCCGCCUACUAA